CUUUUUUCUCCUUAAAUAAUGUAUGUGGAGACACUAAUUCAUUUUCGAAUAAUAAUAUUAAGUAAUCAAAACUAUUGAUUUGAUGGCGUUCUCGGGCGGUUUUAUUUUGAAAGGCUCAGCCGGAUGUUUGGCGCCGCGCUGCUUCCACCUUGACCGCUGGAGGUGAGAUGGCCGUGAAGUGUCUCUGGUUCCUGUGAAGUCGGAGCGGGCUGUGCGGACAGACCAGCGGGAGGCCAGGAACCGCUCCGUUUCCCCGCCGGGUCUCCUUCCUUCCCCCCAGUUUCACGGUAAGACCGGAGGAAGCGCCGCCCGGUCUGCCUGCAGGUUUGAUUCUGAUUCAGUUCAGGAGCUGAAGGACGAGCGGCUGCAUCGACUCUCCUCCUGAGAUCAGACCUGGAGACCCGGUUCUGGUUGUAGCCCAGUGGUGAGGCAGCCCGGCUGCCCCUCUGCCUCCAGAUGAAUGAAGAGCCCACCGGGUCACAGAGACACAGCUGAUGCAGGGCAUGCAGGUGUUUCUGCAAACAUGAUGAAGAAGAAGAAUCCACACAAAAAGCAUAAGAGCAGCCUGGGCCCGCCCACCAAGGUUCUGUCCCAGCCGCGGCGCAACAUCGUGGGCUGCAGGAUCCAGCACAUCUGGAAGGACGGUGGAGGACACGUGGUGUGGAAGGGAACGGUUCUGGAUCAGGUGCCUGUUAAUCCGUCGCUCUACCUGAUAAAGUACGACGGGUUUGACUGCGUUUACGGCCUGGAGCUGCAUAAGGACGAGCGGGUUCAGGGCCUGGAGGUUCUGCCCGACCGGCUCGCUAAGUCGCGCCUGACGGACGUUAGCCUAGCCGACGCCAUGAUCGGGAAGGCCGUGGAGCACAUGUUCGAGACGGAGGAGGGCCCGAAGGAGGAGUGGAGGGGGAUGGUUCUGGCCCGCGCCCCCAUCAUGACCACCUGGUUCUACAUCACCUACGAGAAGGACCCGGUUCUGUACAUGUACCAGCUGCUGGACGACUACAAGGAGGGCGACCUGCGCAUCAUGCCCGACUCCAACGACAGCGUCCCGGCGGAGCGGGAGCCCGGCGAGGUGGUGGACAGCCUGGUGGGCAAACAGGUGGAGUACGCCAAAGAGGACGGCGGCAAACGAACAGGCAUGGUCAUCCACCAGGUGGAGGCCAAGCCGUCCGUCUACUUCAUCAAGUUCGACGACGACUUCCUCAUUUACGUCUACGACCUGGUCAAGACUUCGUAAAGACUCUGCGGACGGCGCCACCCCGACGUGACGGAAAGUAAAAAAAAAAAAAAAAAAAAAAGCUCUUGCCGACGCGACUGAAGCAUUUAACCCAGCACACGUUAAUCCGACCAUCCAAGACAAAAACACUGAGAUUAAUCCAACGGGAUGAAGGCGAGUCGAGGGCAUCUCAAAACCCUUUGGAGUAAAUUUUCAUUUCAUUUUACGUUGAACUUUAAUUGGUUUGAGGCCGUUAAACCUUCCUGGAUGAAGAAACGGGUCCGUUUACUUUUUUAAAUUGGGGAAGAACCAUGAAGGCUUUUUGUUGACACAAAGCAGAUCCAUGGUUUUGACCAUAGUAGCCGACUUCGCUUGGAAAAAAAAAGAAGUAAAACCUGAACUUUGUUGAUUUCCAGUGAAAAAAGUUCUCU